AUGGACGCUGAACCGAAUCCGAGUAGCCGGACGGACAAAACAAAGGGACGCGGUCGCCCCUCGUCACCAACCUCGGAAAUAUCAUAUGUGCACAAAACCAAUCAAGGCAAUCCUGCCCCCGCCCAACGCACCCGUCCAGAUAGCGCUGCUACUCCCACCAAACGCGCCCGUACAGAUAGCGGUCCUACCUGGGCCUCCUCGAACAGGAUGGUCACCGACUCGGCAACCGCAAACACGUCGAAUGCUGUACUCCAGCACCUUGAGGAAGAAAACGAGCACUUGCGGCAGCGCGUGGAGCACUGCGAAAAUCAUAUUCUUGCCUUGGAGGCACUGGUUGCUAAACUCCAGGACGACGUGGCUCAGUUGGCAUCCCUGAAACCCGCGAUCCAAAAAAUCGAUGAUCUCGCAAACGUCGUCUCCCAGUUGCAAUCACAAAUUACCAAGCUGAAACCGAUCGAGGAAAAACAGGAACAGCUUGCCAACCUCGUUGCCUCAAUGCAGCAGAAGAUGACCGAUCACACUACAAAUUAUGACACCUUUCAACUUGCUACUCGUGACCUAACUCCCCGUGGUUUCUCUACCACUCAUCCCUCCCAAUCCGCACCAUUGGAAUUUAUCCAUGGCUUCAAUCAUCAAACACUAUUACCAACCCAUUUUGAAAACCUAGGCUCUGCGAUGAACAUUUACCUCGAGUCAUACCUCGAGUCAUAUUCCGACUGGGAUAGAUCUUUGCCUGCAAAUCUCCUGCACCGACGUUUCAUCAAGCCGGAGGAGAAAAUUGCACCGGAAGCUUUGGCCAAGCAGCUCUUGGCACUAGAUCCCAAGGUCAUGGAUUUGACUUUGAACAAAAACCUCAUCCACCCGGCAAUCAACAUGGCAUUAUUUGAACACUUCCAGGAAGAGCCCGAUCUCCCCCUUUCACAUGCUCGAUUACGACGCGCCCUGCAGUACGUGGCCAAAACCUCGUCUGAAUGGCCACUCACCCACUUCAAUCAAAGAUGGCCUCAGGUCAUCAGAGAUUCGAUUGUUUUUUUCUAUGCUUCACUCGAAGACGAAGCACCCCAGCUGGGCCCCUCCAAGUUCUCCGAGUUCUUAAUGAAAAUUUGCGAAGUCCAGUCCAUUCUUCGUGAGAUUAAUGACCCGGACGAGACGAACAUCAUCAAAAGACUUCGCAAGCGACCAGUUCAUUAUCUUUGUGCCUUCCUGGUGAGCGGAGUCGCCGGACUCAUAUAUGCACCUGGAAGCAAACCAAUACCCCCUGAAUGCCUCGUAGUACUUGUCGCGUACCUCAAGUGGUACCUCUCUCGACCCGCUGCCCUCUCGUUGGAACCAGACCCAUACUGGCCACGAAGCCACAUGGCCAUUCUCAUGCUACUCAAAGCAGGAGACGAAGUCUCGGACCUCGAUCAAAUGGUUGCAUACGGAAUGACUAUUGACUACAUCGCCUUUUGGAACCGUCACUCAAGCCAAGAAAUACCGUGGCCACAUUGGCGGUCACUCAGAGAAGCAGAAAAGAUGCCAGUCGAAAUCUCCAGCAAGAUGAUGGCAUUUAUCAACUCUACGGACGACGAGGGGAGUGAGUUGAGUCAAUCACAGUCUCGAGCACUCGACAUCAUCGACAACGGUAGCUCUAGUCAAAACCCUCCCGCCCCCGCUCAGAACCUGACGAGCUAG